AUGAGACGUCUUGAAAUGAAGCUGCUCACGGUUCUGCUGUUCAUAGCCAUCUCAGCAUUUUGCGAGGGAUCAUGGCUGCUUUCCCCAGUCAAGCCGGUUGAAGUAGAAUCGCGGCCAAAGACAAAGAAACCAGCUCAUAAUAACAACAAUCUGUACUAUUACAGUCCUGAAGCGAUAGAUUCUUCCUUUUACUACGGCUUUCAACCCAAUUGCCAAUGUCGCCCAGGCCCGCCAGGACCUCCUGGGCCACCAGGAAUUCCUGGUCUGCCAGGUGUAGAAGGAGCGCCAGGAGAAAAGGGGGAUCGUGGUGACCGUGGAGAAAGUGGUCAAAGGGGUAGGCCGGGUAAAACUGGAUUUCCGGGACCAAUUGGUCCACCAGGACUACCUGGACCACCAGGCCGCCCUGGCAAAUCUUCAUCGCAUGAACAGAAACAAGGUACAACCAUUAUUUACUUGCCAGCAAUUCCAGCGGACAAGCCGCCAAAAAUGGAAAACCCACAGGCAGCAAUGAAAACCCACCACCCGAUAAUAGAAACGACAUUAAAAAGACAAACAAGCCUCGGGCACCGCAGCUUUUGAGGGCAAAUUCCGAUGAAAUUAAAUAUCUCAAUGUUAGUCCGCAACUGGCCCAAAACCACAAAAACCGAAAUCGCAAAAGUCAAAUUACUUUCGCCCAUUUCGAUCGUCAGAAAAUCAACCAGAGUAACAAGAUAACAACUUUGACUAAGAACUUACAAACAGUGACCAAUUCCCAAAAACACAAAACAAACGCUCCAAUGCGCCGAAAGCAGACUCCUAAUCGAAAGGUAAUUAAAAAUACAACUACUGAUUUAAGCAGUUCAGAUCGUCAGUCAGUUAACAAAAUGAAGGGCAACAAUCUUGGCGAGAAAAACAUAUUGACUGAUGCAAAUAACAGCAUGAAUUUGAAUAUCAGCCACGUCGGAUCCCAACAAACGAAAAACGUAACUAAAACUGGUGUAAAAAGUAGUCAAAUUGAUGAUAUACCAAUACCAGCCGAUGUAUCUGCAAUAAAUUCUUUAAACAAAGAAGUAAAUUCACAGAUAUCUAAUACUACAUUGCAAAGUAUCAUUCUGGAAGAGACGACUCUACCGAAUAAUAUUAAAAUAACAGAUGAAAAGCUAGAUCUUAACAAAUUAAUAACGAUUACCGAAGAGGCGCCCGAUGCGAUUCAUACAACAACAGUUCAAAAUGAGACUUUAAUGAGUGAAAACGCAGGUGAAGCACAAGCCACAGAAAUUCCAACUGAGGAAUUAGGAGAAACGACCACAUAUAAUAUGUCCAAUGAUGAGAUAGAUGAGUUCAGGUUUCACGACAUUGGAACCCACAUCGAGCACCGAAAGCCCAGCGACAAGAGUAUCAACUGAAUCUGAAGAACCCACAACUCUUGUGCCGGAUGUUACAUCAAAACUGAGAAACGAUGAGGAACUAGGAUCACCAAACACUGAAACUACCACAACAGAAACGGCAGAGACAUAUCCCACAGAGGAACUACUUUUCGAUAAAGAAGGUCAAAGGUUACCUUUCACACCCACUGAAACUGAGUUCGCAAUCCCAGUUGCUGUUCUAUUUGAUAAUACGCCUACACAAGCAAACUCUACUGUCUAAGUAAAAUAAAUAAAUAACAUUAACUAG